GUUGCUCUGGGUGAACGAAAGGAACACUGACAGCAUCGUAUCAAAAACGAAAUUAUCAUCUCUCCCUAAAUUAACACAGUUUCCCCUUUCCCUUACACAUGGCGUCCAAUUCUAAUAUAGAUAUUGAGGGUGCAACCCAGCAUCUCCGGGACAUUCUAAAGCUCGACCGUCCCGGGAACAGCACCGAUGCACCAUCGAGUGAUGGUCCGAGAAUGCCGUCUUUUAAUGGAGAGCUGAACGGUUUAUUGGGAGCAGCAGGCCUUUUGGGAAACACUGAUCGGUCCACCAUGUCAGAUUCUACCAGACCAAUCUCCACAGACCUCUGCAGCACUCAGGAGUGUCAGAUAAUCUGCCUUUCUGGGGAUAAUGGUUCCACUUCUCUCCCCAUCACCUCCAAUAACGUGGAGAUUGUGGCGAGUCAAGAUUCCAGCAUCAACAGCAAGGCUCGGGGCAGCAACAAGGUGAAGAUUCAACCCGUUGCCAAGUACGACUGGGAACACAAGUAUUAUUACGGCAGACUGAUCGCGGUGUCCAACUCCUUCGUUGCCUACGCCAUCAGAGGAGCCAACAACCACGCUAUGAUCCGUGUCCUGAGCGUUGGCUCGACGGAGCGCUCCCUCCUGAAGGGCUUCACCGGAGCCGUCACAGAUCUGGCUUUCGCUCACCUCGACUCGUCCCUGUUGGGCUGUGUGGACGAGGCGGGCAACCUGAUGGUCUGGCAGCUCACCUGCACAGCAAGCAAGAUACUUGAUCAGGUCGUGGUUCAUAUCCGACGGCCAGAAGACUCCCUGCUGAACUCCCACCGCCGCCUCAUAUGGUGCCCGUUCAUCCAGGAAGACAACGAGGAGAACCAGGACGACCCCAGCCAGACUUUAGCUCUUUUGCACGAAGACUUGGCUGAGGUGUGGGACCUGGAGGUCUUGAGGGCCACCUACAGCAGUUGGCCCGUCGAUGCUGCCGACGUGAAAGAUGGCCUCAUCACAGUCAAGGGACACACACAGCGUGUCAGUGAAGGGGCCCUGUCUCCAGAUGGAACCGUGUUAGCCACAGCCAGCCAUGAUGGAUACAUCAAGUUCUGGCAGAUUUACAUAGAGGGGGGGCAGGACCAGCCCAGAUGUCUUCAUGAAUUGCGGCCUCAUGGAGGACGCCCCCUUUCCUGCCUUCUUUUCUGCGACAACCACAAAAGACAGGACCCCGAGGUUCCUUUCUGGCGGUUCCUUAUAACUGGAGCGGAUCAGAACCAGGAGUUGAAGCUGUGGUGCACUGUGUCCUGGACCUGUUUACAGACCAUCAGGUUUUCUCCAGAUAUGUUUAACUCAUCAGUUCUGCCAAGUCUGAAGGCGAGCCUGGACCUCUCCUCAGAGUUUCUCAUCCUUACUGACGUCCAGAGGAAGGUUCUGUAUGUGAUGGAGCUGCGGCAGGAUCUGGACAAAGGCAUGGCCACCUUCACAGCUGUGUCAGAGUUCCUCCUGACCCACCCUGUGCUCAGCUUCGGGGUCCGGGACGUCGCACACAGCCGACUGCGACACACUGAGGUCCUCCCUGCUGAGGAGGAGAGCGAGAGUCUCACAACAGAGGGAAUUCAAGGAUCAACAGAGUCCAAGUCUGGGAUCCAAAUUAAACUUUACUGUGUUCACACCAAGAGCCUACAGGAUGUCCAGAUCUGGUUUCAGCCCAACUUGAGUUCCAACUUUCCAUGCUUCCUGCCCCAUUCUGAUUCCCAGGAUGGUUUUGGGUUUUCAGACCAUCUCACUGACCAGAGCUCAGACAAGGAAUCAGGAAGUGGCUCCCAGACCGACCUUCGGAAGAUCCCAUCACUUCCUGCUCCAACUGACUUCCUGUCAAACUCAGGGGCUAACAGCAUUACCAAGCUGAUGACCCCCGAUGCCUUCAUGACACCCAGCGCUUCGGUUCCGGCUUCUCCUGGCAGCAGCGCCAGCAGUCUGACCAUUGUGACCGCUAUCAGCAGCAACUCUGACUCUACUAACAGAGCUAUGGACGAUGUGAGUCAGACUCCUAACAGAGCAGAGAACAACAGCAGCAGCAGCAGCAGCAGCAGCAGUCUGGCUCUCUCCACCAGCAGCCCCCGACCUGCCUCUGCUGUGCUGCUGCCCGGACUGGAGAGCCUGCAG